AUGGCAUGGACGGUGGCGUUAAACGGGAAAGGAAACCAAAUCCUAGAGAAAAUGCAAAUUUUUUGUCAGCUUUAACAUUUUGGUAUACAUUACCGACAUUUUUUAAUGGAUUCCAAAGAGAUUUGGAAGAAAACGAUUUAUAUAAAACAUUCUCCAAGCAUAAGUCAUCCGUUUUGGGCGAUCGUUUGGAAAUUGCUUGGCAAUCGGAAGAAAUCAAAGCGAAAAAAGCUGGUAGAAUGCCUUUAUUGAGGAAAGCAUUAUGGAAAGUUUUCGGUUUAGAAUUUAUGUUAUACGGAUUGGUUUUAGCGAUUGGAGAACUUGGUAUCAGACUUAUUCAACCGAUAGCUCUAGGCCAAUUGAUCCUUUACUACGUCCCAAAUCAAACGGAAAUCACACGAGACGAAGCCUAUUUAUACGCUGGAGCUGUGAUACUAUGUUCCUUUUUCUACGUCCUCUUAAUUCACCCGUAUAUGAUGGCAAUAUGCCAUGUGGGUAUGAAAAUGCGCGUCGCUUGUUGUUCAUUAAUCUAUCGAAAAUCAUUAAGAUUAAGCAAAACAGCUUUGGGACAAACGACUGCCGGUCAAAUGGUUAAUUUACUAUCAAAUGAUGUCAAUCGAUUCGACGUCGCAGUUUUAUUUAUCCAUCAAUUAUGGGUUGGACCUUUGGAAACAUUGGUCAUUACUUAUUUAAUGUAUUUAAAAAUUGGAAUAUCUGCUGUUAUUGGUGUGGCCACGUUACUUAUGUUUAUACCAUUACAAAUUUUUUUGGGUAAACGUACUUCAAUAUUACGAUUAAAAACUGCCUUAAGAACCGAUGAACGUGUUAGAUUAAUGAACGAAAUUAUUUCCGGAAUACAAGUUAUUAAAAUGUAUACUUGGGAGAAACCUUUUGAAAAACUUGUGGCUUUAGCAAGAAAACGUGAAAUUCAAUCGAUUCAAGGUGCAUCUUACGUUCGAGGCGUUUUAUUAUCAUUUAUAAUGUUUUCCACAAGAAUUUCAAUAUUUUUAAGCGUUUUCGCUUAUAUACUAUUUGGAAAUCGAAUAACAGCCGAACAAGUGUUUGUUAUCACCUCAUUUUACAGUAUUCUCCGACAAUCAAUGACAGUGUUUUUUCCGCAAGGUAUUGGUCAAGUUGCUGAAGCAUCAAUUUCAAUCGGAAGAUUAAAUAAGUUUUUACUCUAUGAGGAAAACCAAGAAAUUAAUGUUCAUGAAGAAAAAGUACCUGUAUCUUCUACUAAUGAAAGUUUGGAAGGUUCUGGAGAUUUUUCAUCCAAAGAUGAUUUUCAAACUGAAUCAAAUAAAGGUAUUUCCAUAAAAAAUGUAUAUGCAAAAUGGUCUGGUUCAUCAAUAGAAGAUACAUUAUCGAAUGUAAAUUUAGUAGUUAAACCUGGAAAAUUAGUGGCUAUUAUUGGCCCAGUUGGAAGUGGAAAAUCAAGUCUGUUACACGCUAUUUUGAAGGAAUUACCCAUCCGUUCGGGCUCAAUAAAUAUAAAUGGCGAAAUAAGUUAUGCUUCACAAGAACCCUGGUUAUUUGCAAGUACGGUACGACAAAAUAUUCUUUUUGGUUUACCAAUGGAUCGAGCAAGAUAUAAAAUGGUAAUAAGAAGGUGUGCUUUGGAAAGAGAUUUUCAACUCUUUCCUCACGGCGAUAGGACAAUUGUUGGUGAAAGAGGUGUUUCUUUAAGCGGUGGGCAAAGAGCUAGAAUUAAUUUAGCUAGGGCUGUUUAUAAACAAGCCGAUAUUUAUUUAUUUGAUGAUCCAUUAUCGGCGGUAGACACUCACGUUGGAAAGCAAUUAUUUCAAGAUUGCAUCGAUGGUUAUUUACAGAACAAAACAAGAAUAUUGAUAACACAUCAAUUGCAAUAUUUAAAAGAGGUCAAUCAUAUAAUUAUACUCGAAAAUGGAAUUAUUAAAGCACAAGGAAGUUAUAAGGAAUUACAACAAUCCGGAUUGGACUUCGCUAAAUUAUUACAAGAUCAACCUGAAGAACAAAAAGAAACUCCAAAAUUAGAUAGACAAAGUUCAAGUUUAAGUAUUUCUAGUGAAACCGGAGCUGCGGAAGUCCAAGAAGUUGGUGUUGAAGAAACAAAAUCAACAGGGUCCGUUUCGGGAUAUGUUUAUAGAUCUUAUUUUGGAGCCGGAGGAAAUUGUUGUUUUAUAUUUAUAUUAUUUGUUUUAUUUUUUCUAGCUCAAUUUGUUGCUAGCGCUGGCGAUUAUUUUAUAACAUUUUGGGUUAAUUUAGAGCAAAAACGAUACGAUAAUUCCCUUCAAACUAAAACACCACACGAAUUAAAUUUAACCACAAACGCGUUUGAGUACGAUUUAAAUAACAUAACUUCGAUUCUUGAUACAUUACUUUCAAACUCUUCUUUUACAUUCGAUUCUUCAUCUCUUCGUAAUAACACAAUUUACGACUUUUUUGAUUAUUUAGAUCGAGAUACAUGCAUUUAUAUUUAUUCGGGAAUUACGGUUGCAACUAUUAUCAUUUCUUUAAUAAGAUCGUUUACGUUUUUCACGAUUUGUAUGCGAGCUUCGCGUAGACUCCAUGACAGAAUGUUCGCGAGUAUAACUCGAGCGACAAUGAGAUUUUUUAAUACAAAUCCAUCGGGGAGGAUUUUAAAUCGUUUCUCUAAAGAUAUGGGCGCCAUCGAUGAAUUGUUACCUUCGGCUUUAAUCGAUUGUUUACAAAUAGGUUUAACUCUAACUGGAAUUAUUGUAGUUGUUGGAAUAGUUAAUCCUUGGUUGUUAAUUCUGACUGGGGUUAUUGGAAUUGUUUUUUAUUUCUUAAGAAUUUUUUAUUUGUCGACUGGGAGAAGUGUGAAGAGACUGGAAGGUGUAACUCGAAGUCCUGUGUUUUCUCACUUAAACGCAUCUAUACAAGGUUUAACAACAAUAAGGGCGUUCAAAGCGCAAAGUGUUUUAGAACGAGAAUUUGAUAACCACCAAGAUUUACAUAGCAGUUCUUGGUACAUUUUCUUAUCGUCAUCUCGGGCGUUUGGUUAUUGGCUCGAUUUAAUCUGUAUUAUUUACAUUACAUUGGUUACACUAAGUUUUCUUAUAUUAGGAGAGGAAAAAUUUGGUGGGAAUGUUGGUUUGGCAAUAACGCAAUCGAUAGGAUUAACAGGAAUGUUUCAAUGGGGAAUGCGUCAAUCAACGGAGCUUGAAAAUCAAAUGACGGCUGUUGAGCGUGUACUUCAAUACACCGAUUUAGAGAGAGAAUCCGCGUUGGAAACUGUUAAAGAAAAGAAACCUCCACCGAGCUGGCCGAGUGAAGGAAAACUUGAAUUUUCGCGAUUAUUUUUAUUCUAUUCCCCUGAUGAGCCGGCGGUUCUUAAAGGGUUAAAUUUUAUUAUCAAACCAAAAGAGAAAGUUGGAAUAGUCGGGCGAACCGGAGCUGGGAAAUCAUCGUUAAUAGCCGCUUUAUUUAGAUUAACAGAAAUGGAAGGAAGUAUUUAUUUGGAUGAUAUUGAUACAAAAGAUUUGGGGUUGCACGAUUUAAGAUCAAAAAUUUCUAUUAUCCCACAAGAACCAGUUUUAUUUUCUGGUACAAUGCGUAAAAACCUGGACCCAUUCGACGAAUAUAACGAUGAAGCCUUAUGGAAAGCUUUAGAAGACGUCGAACUUAAAGAAGCCGUCCAAGAUUUAUCGGCUGGUUUAAAUUCGCAAAUGUCGGAAGGGGGGAGUAAUUUUAGCGUGGGUCAACGUCAGUUAGUUUGUUUAGCUCGUGCGAUAAUUCGUAACAAUCGUGUGUUGGUCUUGGAUGAAGCAACAGCUAAUGUUGACCCGCAGACAGAUGCCUUAAUUCAAACAACCAUUAGGAAAAAAUUCGCCGAUUGUACCGUUUUAACAAUCGCCCAUCGUUUACAUACAGUUAUGGAUUCUGAUAAGGUUUUAGUUAUGGAUGCGGGAAAUAUGGUUGAAUUUGAUCAUCCUUAUAUUUUGUUGGGGAAUGAAGAUGGUGUUUUGUAUGGGAUGGUUCAAAAAACCGGGAAAGCUAUGGCUGAAGCUUUGUUUAAAAUUUCACAACAGAGUUAUCAAAAACAGUUUAGAAAACAAGAAGCAUCUGUAGAAGAUUUAUUUAACUAAAUUGUUUUUUAAAUUUUUUAACUUUGUUACUAAAAACUUUUUAAAUACAUAUACUAUAAUAAACGCUAUCCACCAA